UUUUUUUUGGCAGGCGGGGAAUCACUGUUGAAGAUUCUCAUUGAUUCAGUCCCCCUAAAAGCAGUCUAUACAGAGGAAUUGUGUACGGAUUAAGUUUGACGGUUUACUAAACGUCAUUUAAUUAUCUACAUUUGGAAGAAAAAACAGGGCAGCUGCAAUGUGGAUUCAAGUGCGCACCAUGGAUGGCAAGGAGACUCAUCGGAUUGACUCCCUGUCCAAGCUCACCAAGGUGGAUGAACUGCGCCUCAAGAUCUCGGAGCUCUUCAAGGUUGAGCCAGAAAGACAGAGGCUCUUUUACCGGGGCAAGCAGAUGGAGGACAGCCACACCAUCUUUGAUUACAAUGUGGGGCUGAAUGAUAUAGUGCAGCUCCUUGUUAGACAGGCUACGCCCCCUGCCGCUGUCCUCAAGAGCAAGGACAAAGAGGCCGAGCUCUCUGACUCUGACUCUGGCUGUGGCUCGGCACAGAGCGAGUCGGACAAGAGCUCGACCCACUCGGAGGCAGAGGUGCAAGCAGCCGGAACCUCUGCCCAAACAGACACACCAGACCUGGUCGACCCGGGAUUUGGCUUUUACAAGAUUAAUGAGUUUGUUGACGCCAGAGACUUGAACAUGGGCGCCUGGUUUGAGGCCCAGAUUGUGAACAUUACAAAGACCACAAAGACACCUGGAGAGGAAGAGGGCUCUGACUCUAAACUCGGCGAAGAGGAAGUUAUUCACUACCAUGUCAAAUAUGAAGACUACCCAGAGAACGGAGUGGUGCCUCUGCAGUCCAAGGAUGUACGCCCACGCGCCCGCACAGUCUACCAGUGGCACCAGCUGGAGGUGGGCAUGGUGGUCAUGGUAAACUUCAACCCAGACGAACCCAAAGAGCGCGGCUACUGGUAUGACGCCCAGAUCCAGAAGAAGAGGGAGACACGCACUGUGCACGAGAUCUACGCCAAAAUACUGCUGGGGGUUGCCGGUGACUCCCUAAACGACUGUCGCAUUAUGUUCUUGACUGAGAUCUACAAAAUCGAGGAGCCUGGAGGCUUGGAUGGAUCCGGAGCGGGAUCUGAUAGCCCAUUGAAAAGGUCAAACGGACCCGAGUGCAAACACUGCAAAGAUGACCCCAAGAAGAACUGCCGCUGGUGCAACUGCCAUGUAUGUGGCGUGAAGCAGGACCCGGACAAGCAGCUGCUGUGUGACGAGUGUGACAUGGCAUUCCACAUCUACUGCCUCAACCCCCGACUGACCAGCCUCCCCGAUGACGACGACUGGUAUUGUCCCGAGUGCCGCAACGAUGCUAGUGAGGUGGUGCUAGCAGGAGAGAAACUCAAGGACAGCAAGAAGAAAUCCAAGAUGGCGUCCGCCAGCUCAACCAGCCAGAGGGACUGGGGAAAGGGCAUGGCUUGUGUUGGCCGCAGCAAACAGUGCACUAUUGUUCCUUCCAACCACUACGGCCCUGUCCCUGGCGUCCCGGUCGGAAGUAUUUGGAAGUUCAGGGUCCAGGUGAGUGAGUCUGGUUGCCACAGGCCACAUGUUGCUGGGAUCCACGGGAGGAGCAACGAUGGAGCUUAUUCCUUAGUGCUGGCUGGGGGCUAUGAAGACGACCAGGAUGACGGCAACGAGUUCACCUACACCGGCUCUGGAGGGCGAGAUCUGUCUGGCAACAAGAGGACAGCCGAACAGUCGUGUGAUCAGAAGCUCACCAAUAUGAACAGGGCUCUGGCUCUAAACUGCAACGCAUCGGUGAACGAGAAGGAUGGGGCCACGGCAAAAGACUGGAAGGCAGGCAAGCCGGUCAGGGUGGUGCGCAAUUCCAAGGGCCGCAAACACAGCAAGUUCAGCCCGGAAGAUGGCAACAGAUACGAUGGAAUCUACAAGGUGGUGAAAUACUGGCCAGAGAAGGGCAAGUCUGGCUUCCUCGUCUGGAGGUAUCUGCUUAAACGAAAUGACGACGAGCCAGCGCCAUGGACCCGGGACGGCAAGGAACGCAUCAAGAAACUGGGACUCACCAUGCAGUAUCCAGAAGGCUAUCUGGAAGCCCAGGCUGCCAAGGAGAAGGAGAACAAGGAGAAGGAGAACGAGGAGGUAACUGAAACGCCCACCAAAGGGAAGCGGAAAAGAAAGUCUCAGUCUAAUGAAGCUGAAGAGAAGUCAUCGCCAGCUAAGGGCACUCCCAAGAAGAUGAAGUUGGAGGCUUACAAACUGACCAAAGAACAGAAGGACUGGAUCAAGGACGACGAGCCCAACAGGAAGGUGUGGGACGAAGCCAUGGAGUCUCUGGCCCUUGGCCCGAAAUUCCUGAAUAAAGUCGAGGAGGUUUUCUUGUGUAUAUGCUGCCAAGAAGUGGUAUUUCAACCUAUCACCACUGAGUGCCAACACAAUGUCUGCAGGGAAUGCCUUCAGCGGUCUUUCAAGGCAGAGGUGUACUCUUGCCCAGCAUGCAGGCACGAUCUGGGCAAAAACAACCCAAUGAGUGUCAACAAACCCCUCCAAGCCAUUCUCAACCAGUUCUUCCCAGGAUACAGCAGUGGACGGUGAUAACUCGUUCCAGCUGCUUGACCAGCAUGUGGACUACAUGAACUAUGAGGGCAGUUAAGCAGUACAGGCAACAACAAAAAACUUUUCUUAAUAUAAUUAGCAAAUGUAAAACGCUGUCUGUUUGGUCGCUGAAAUGCCACCCCAUCUUCUCCAGUCCUAUUUGUAACGAACUGUAGCUAUGAAACUGCCUUGAUCAAAUGUAUCUAAUGUUCUUCUGUAACAAUGCAUUUUAACUUGACUUGCCAAAAUCAAUACACAAGUUGAUUUCCUUCAAGCACAUGUACAAGAUGUAUACGAUAUGGAUACUUCGCAGAACAUUUUGUAAUAGAUUUUAAUCAAUUGCAUACAUUUGUAUUUAGAAAACACUCCCUUUAUAGAAUGUAUAUUUUAUAUUCUAAGUUUUAUGUCCAAUAGUACUGUUCCUAGCUCAUGUAUUUCCAUAAGCGAAGCACAACUGAUAAAUCCGUUGCAACCCUGUUUUGAGAAAAUGUCCUCCAUAUCCCGGGUUUGAGUUAAUGUCCUGAUCUUAGAUUGUGCCUGCCAUCGCUCAAUGGCUUGUUUUACAUGUAGCAUCACGUGUUGCUGCAUCCUUAACAACUUGUGCUUGAGUACAUGACUGUGGGCUAUAAUAGAAGGAAUGAUGGGUUUGGAUUUGAUAUUGAACCCUAAAGUUAUUCUAUUUUCUAUAGAAAUUAUUUAGUUGUGGUGGAUGUGAUCAUUUUAUGUGUUGAAUUAAUUAACAUUCCAGCAAUGUACGUACUUUAAAAUGUAUGUUUACUCUUUCAAAAAAACUUUUUUCCAUUUAUUUUGCCAUGUGUUAUCUGAUGGAGUUGCUGAACAUUUGAUUUAAAUUUGAGCAGAGCAAAAAUACUCCACAGAAACGUAUACCUUUCACUAAUCUAUGAAAUGGCAGAUUUUUCUAUUUUGUAGUAAUUAUUUCCUAGUUGUAAAAUGUAUUUAACCUUAACCCUUUAAGCACACGUUUUCCAUCUGAACAAACCCAAAGAUGUAAACCUGUAACCAUUGUAGGGUUGAGCACAAUUCGCCAUUUAGGUGUGCCACAACCUUUUGAUUCAUGGCAGGGCUGUGGAAAACAUCUAGCUCUGUUGAACUUGACCGUAUUGGUUCAACAGAAAAAUAUUUAAGAUCCAGAAAUUUAAUUUAGCUCAAUUUCAUAUUUCUGCUUGUGUUUUAUUGCAAAAUGAAUGCCAGUAGCUGCAGAUGUUAGUAAUAUCCAAAUAUUUACAACAUUUGCAUACUGGAAAUGUAUAUUUUCAAAUUGUAUAUGUUUUAGUUGUUUGUAGUUUUAGAAGUAACUUGCUUGCACAUGGUUUCCCAAGUGCAGAAUUUUCCAAUACAUCUUCAACCUUUUUUUAUAAAAUACAAAUUGCAAAAUUGAAAUGUUACUGAGAUAUAAAGAAUAUAAAUGGUGCCUUUUGUUAAAUAUUAUGAUUACUGUCGGGUUUUUUGUUUUUUUUUACAAUAACUGCAUAGAACUAAGUGUCAUUUUGAAAGUGCUUAUUCGUUAUGCUGCCACAUCUUACAAUACAUUUUUGGCAAGCGGUGCCUGGCUGAAAUCCAUAGGUUCUCUGCCAUUUAUGAAAAUAUGUACACGUCUUGUUGUAAAGGAUGCUGCACUUUUCCUAAUAACAUGGCUCUAUUUCGA